UGGUUAAAUAAAGGUAAAACAUUUUUUUUAGCUUGCCUGCUUAAAAGGGCAAUUUGAAGUUACUACAAUAAUUUGUAGACCUUUUUAAAUAUGUAUUUAUUUGUUGCAUACCCAUUGACUAUUGAAUAAUAUAAAUCCUAGAUGCCUCGUGAGCUUAGUUCAACUGUCAUACCACAAUCAGAACCCACAAUGUAAGCUUGUUUUUUUAUUCCUUUUGUUUGCAAAUACUGUAUAGCUUCAAAAUCGGAUUAAUCCUAUACUUUUGAUAUAGAUCAGGGGUAGUUAACCCUGUUAUUGGAUGGAAUGCCACAGAUACUACAGGAUUUUGUCCCAACUAGGCACCACACUGCGUUAGUUACUUAGUUAAUUGAUCAGUUCCCUGAUUGCCUAAAUUCAACACACCUGGUCUUCCAGGUCAGUUAAAUUAAAAAUAUGAAGUGCCUGUGACAUUCUAGGACCAAGGUUGCCUACCCCUGUCAUAGAUGGUCAGUACUUCCAUCCAUAGCUCUGUCCAUGAAUUUGAGUGGUUACAUUUCUCAAGCCCCAUCCCGCAGCUGUUUACCAAAUCAGUGGCAGUUCGAACUGCACAUUGCCCUUUUAAGACUGCAAUCAAUGACACUUGAGACUGAAUGAUCCAGUGUAGUGAAAUGGUGUUCUGUUGCCUUCACUUGGUGGAUCCCCCUAGCUGUUAACCUUGAGUCCAAUAGCCCAGUGGUUUCCAAACUGGGGGGUAGUGCAUUGUCCGUUUUCUUGUCAUGUCAGUCAUUGCAUACCUAUCAGAAAUGUCCAGAUCAACUAGCCCAUGUCAGCUAAUGUUUUUUUCCCCAUAGAUUUUGUAAUGUUUGAGUCACUCAAUUCACAUGAAUCCACAUUAGUGCUUUAAAAACAGCAACAUUUUCUCUCUGCCAACAAGAGGGGUGAACAGUUUGUGUUAUGAACAGUGCUUAUGCCUAUAGAAAUGGACGUGGUGCCUGUUGGGGGAUGUUCCCCAAUGCUGGAAGUGGGGUCUGAGUGAAAGGUUUUGGGAAUGUACAGUUUGGGAACCUGCAGCCUACAUGAUGUCAGUACAACAGCAAGAAUGAUGUCCCAUUAUGUGAUCACUUACAGCUGUCACCUAUGACCUUUCACACAAUUAAAAAAACUUCCAUAUAAACAACCUCCCCGACCAGCAUGUGCCGGAAGAAGGGUGUUUCACCGCACCCUUCCUAGAAAAGCCGGGCAAGUCUGUGUUUCUGGUAUAUCUCUCCUAGUCAAAUUGUAGCAAGGGAUCUAUAUGACUGGUUUUGCAUUUAGGGAAGUUCUGAUCUCAUGGUUAUCUUAUUGUCACUCCCUACAGUGAUUUCCUCAGUGACUACCACAGAAAUUAAACAGGCACAUUAACGUUUAGGCUAUAUGAAUCCCCCUCAAUGAGUUAGCCCAAUACUGGAGAAUGUGGUAAAGUCAAACCAAAGAGUAAAUACACCGGACAUUAACAUCACCAAAAAUACAUUUAGCAUGGAGGACUCUGGUCGAGGAGCCAGCUACACAGUGCCCUGUGACGACUACGUCCAUGUGGUGGAGUUCAGCCCCUUUGACAGUGGCUCAGCUGCCCUUCUGGCUUAUGGAGGAAACCAGUAUGUGGUGGUUGGCACCUGCCGCUUCCAGGAGGAGGACAUGGAGGUAGAGGGGAUUGAAUUCACCACACUGCGUGUUUUCCAUCAUGCGUUACGCGUGGAUUGCCUCGCAUGGAGCCCUGAGUCUCGGCUGGACAAGCUGCCCCAACUCAUCAGAUUUUGCACUGCUGCAGCAGACAGAAAAGUGAGGCUGUUGACUUCUGAUCUUCAGAAUCAACAUGAAGUCAAGGUGAUGGAGGGUCACACCAGCUACAUCAACCACUUAGUGUUUGAACCCACGGAGGGGAAACAAAUCGCUUCGGUCAGUGAUGACCAUACAUGCAGGGUGUGGGACCUGGAGGGGAAUGAAACCACUACAUUUAGACUACGCUCUCCUGGUGUCAGUGUGUGCUGGCAUCCUGAAGAUGCCUUCAAGCUGAUGGUGGCCGAGAAAAAAGGGACGAUACGGUUCUAUGACCUGGUUACCCAGCAGGCCAUUCUUUCUCUGGAUUGCGGCCAGUCGCCACUCAUGUCGGCCGACUGGUGCCUCACCAACACCAUCAAGGUGGGCGCGGUGACUGGCAGCGACUGGGUCAUCUGGGAUAUUACCCGCUCCAGUUACCCACAAGAGAAGAGGCCUGCCCAUGUAGAACGAGCAGGAAACUUCAGGUGGUCUCGGGUCAAUGAGAAUCUCUUCUCCACAACAGGAUGUCCAGGCAAGAUCAGCAGUCAGUUACUAGUGCAUCACCUUGGUCACCCGCAGCCCGUGAUGAUUGGAUCAGCCACGGUGGGGGCGGGUCUAAGCUGGCACAGGUCCCUCCCACUCUGUGUCAUUGGCGGUGACCGAAAGCUCUCUUUUUGGAUGACAGAAAUGUAAUGCAGUCACUCCCUAUGGACAUACGGGAGGCAAUGCAAAUGUACAUUGAAACUGUUUGACAUGAGGUGUGGUUGGAUAUUUCUAUUUUCAUAAUUUUUCAAUAAAGUAUUUCAUUUUCCA